AUGAUUCUGGGUCAAUUAUCUGCUUCGGUAUUCAUCGACAACCAGCCACUGCCGGAAUAUAAAGAACAUGAGCCCGAGGUGCAGCCUGAGGGAGAGAAUAUAAAGAUGUGUUGGAUUGCCUCAGAAGCGGGCAAGGAAAUCGAAAUCAGAGGGGAGAUUUUAAAGCCACAGCGCUUAGGUAUCUGGUCAUCCGCCUUUGUGGAUGGUCUCAAAUGUCCCCCAUGGGUCUCGCCCCCGCACUGGACAGGUACAGUCGAAUUCGACUGCAUAUCUGAUGGAACAGAUACCGGAAAGUUGGUCUUCAAAGACAUCGACUUCACAGACAGUGACGACGACUCAAUGCUUGACGAUCGUUCCAGCGGCAUUGGUCAAAUUGUGUUGCGCUUGAAGAGAGGGAAGUUCAUCAAGUUGACUGGGUUGGCGAGAUCUAAAGAUGUUGAUGGUCACACUCUUCAUGUGCACGAAGGCAAGGUGCAUGAACGCUCGAAGAAGGGUCGCGAUCAUCGAGUUGGUUUGGGAAGAAGAGUACCGGAUCAAGAAGAACAGACAACAUACGAAACUAUUUGGAACGACGAGCCUGCAACCGUGUUCAUAUUCAACUUUACUUCUUUGGACAACCUGCAAGCAAUGGACAUAGCACCGCGAAUGUCAAAUCUGCCUAUCCCAGUUGAUGGGGAUAGUGCCAAUAUUUCGAUCGACACACGCAUCAAGGAGUUAGAAUUGGAGCUCCACCUCUUACAUGUUAAACAAACGACUGGCUCUACAGACCAAAGGCCCUCACCUGUCAAGUCGGAACAGUAA